AUGUCACGGAGAUACGAUUCCAGAACUACCAUCUUUUCCCCCGAAGGUCGACUCUACCAGGUUGAAUAUGCGUUAGAAGCCAUCUCGCAUGCCGGUACCGCCUUGGGAAUUCUGGCCAAGGAUGGAAUCGUCCUCGCAGCGGAGAAGAAGGUCACCAGCAAGCUACUGGAGCAGGACACAUCUGCGGAGAAGCUAUACACGCUGAACGACAACAUGAUCUGUGCUGUUGCUGGUAUGACGGCAGACGCGAACAUCCUUAUCAACUAUGCCCGACAAGCUGCCCAGCGGUAUCUCCUCACUUACAACGAAGAAAUUCCUUGCGAGCAACUUGUCCGUCGUCUGUGCGACUUGAAGCAAGGAUACACCCAGCAUGGUGGUCUCCGUCCCUUCGGUGUAUCGUUCAUCUAUGCCGGCUACGACCCUCUCCGAGAGUUCCAACUGUACCAGAGCAACCCCAGCGGUAACUACGGUGGCUGGAAAGCAACUAGCGUAGGAGCAAACAAUGCUAGUGCUCAAAGUCUGCUGAAGCAAGAUUACAAGGAGGACUGCGACUUGAAGGAAGCUUGCGCCAUGGCUGUCAAGGUUCUGAGCAAGACCAUGGACUCGACCAAGCUGAGUAGUGAGAAGAUCGAGUUUGCUACGGUGGGAAGGACGCCGGAAGGCAAGAUCUAUCACCACCUGUGGAAUGCUGAUGAGAUCAAUGCUCUUUUGAAAGAACAUGGGCUGGCCAAGGUUGAUGACGAGCCCGAGGCUGGCGAGAUUAAAUAA